AUGAAGAUUCCUCAAGGCUUUUCUAUGGAAAACAAAAAUCGUGUUUGUCGGCUCAAAAAGUCUCUUUACGGGUUGAAACAGGCCUCCCGCAACUGGUAUGAAAAGUUUACAUCUUCGCUUCUCAGUCAAAGGUUCAAGCAAUCUAAGGCCGAUCAUUCCUUAUUCACAUACAAAGAAGAGAACUCUUUUGUUGCAGUCCUCAUUUAUGUCGAUGACGUCAUCCUGGUAGGAAACAAUCUUGUGAAAAUUCAACAAACAAAGAAGUACCUUGAUAAACAAUUCAGCAUCAAGGACUUGGGAAGAUUAAAAUAUUUCCUCGGAAUCGAAGUCGCUAAGACAUCUGAAGGGUUGGUUCUAAGUCAGCGAAAAUUCACUCUGGACAUAUUAGAAGAUAGUGGGAUGAUGGGUUGUCGACCAAGCUCCUUUCUUAUUGAAUCAAAUCUAAAACUCGAUAAAGGCGAAAAGGAGAAUCGAGUAGAUGCCACCUCGUAUCGGCGCUUAAUUGGCAGAAUGUUAUAUCUACAGGUUACAAGACCAGACAUUGCUUAUGCUGUUAACAUGUUAAGUCAGUUUGUGGCUAACCCAAGGAAAAAUCAUAUGGAUGUUGCAAAUCGGGUACUUUGUUACUUAAAAGGAACAGUAGGACAGGGUAUUUUACUCCCACGAGCUGGCGAACCCGUCUUAACUGCUUACUGUGACGCAGACUGGCUUGGAUGCCCCUAUUCUAGACGAUCGAGAACCGGAUAUCUUCUCCUUUUGGGUGGUGCUCCUAUUUCUUGGAAGUCCAAGAAACAAUCUCUAGUCUCUCGUUCCUCUGCAGAGGCUGAAUAUAGAGCCAUGGCAUCCACCGUUAGUGAAAUCUUAUGGGUCCGAUGGUUACUUAAGGAUCUACAGAUAUCCUAA